ACUGAAAUUCUUUUGAAUACAAAUGAGUCAGAAAUAGAUAUUGUGGACCAGCACGUUGAAAAUGAUAUCAUGUUAGAUAAUGAAGAAAUUGAAACUAUAAUUUUUAAUUUACCAAAUGAGAGUUUAUAUACAGCCAAGACUACCUGGGCCAUGUUAACAUAUAUACAAGCCAUUAAUAAACCUAUUGCCACAGAAGAAAUACUUGAUGAUGAGGAGAUAAUUUUUAUGAUUCAAACUAAGAAAAAUGAUAUAUCAACCGGGCAAGCAAUUGAGGAAGAUGAUAAAGAUGAGGCACCUGAACUACUAGUAAUAGUUGCUGAAGUAUAUAGUGCAAUACAAACCAUUGUUCACUAUGAAGAGCAAGAAAAUUUAGAAACAAAUCCAUCAUUAAAAGAAUUAGAGUUUUUAAAAAAACUACUCAAAGAGUAUAAACAUAUAAAUGAAAAGACAAAAAAGCAUCAAGGAUUACUAAUUUUUUUACUUCCCAGGAUUUGUACUCCAAUAACUUGUAUUCCCAAGAUUC